AUGGAUACUUCAUCAGCAACAACUGAUAAUUCUGAUGAUGGUAAUAAGAUGCAUUUAUGGGGAGGAAUCGGUAUUGGCAUUUUGAUUGUGUUUUUGGUUGCCUUCUUGUUCUACCUUUUCAUAAAAAAGCUACUCCCAACUCUAAGAAAACGCCAAUCACCCCUCUACAACAUCACAAAAGGAGUACUGAAAGAAGAGAAGACAAUGCUAAGGAAGUUUCAGUUGGAGGAAGUUGUGAGGGCAACCAAUAAUUUCAGCAGAGAAUGCUUGUUGGGUUCUGGUGCUUUUGGGAAUGUAUAUAAAGGCACUUUUGAUGUUCAAGCAACUCUGGCCAUUAAGAGACCCCAUACACACUCAUAUAAGAGUGUUGAAGAGUUCAGAAAUGAGGUGAGACUACUUUCGAAAGUAAAACAUAGGAACCAAUCAAACCAAGCUGGAACAAGUACUGCACCAGCAAAAAACGCUAAUACAACUAACCAGAACCAAACAACCAAUGGCAAUGGUAACAAGAAAAAUCAGAAUGGUGGCAAACAAAAUAACAAUUCCAAUUGUCAUAAUAACAAUGACAAUAAACGGGCAAAGACCAAUGAUAACCCACGAGAAUACAUUCCUUGUUUUACCACCUACUCUACCCUCUUAGGGUCAUGA